AUGGGCGGCGCGGCGGCAGCUCACUCCCUGGGCUCACCUGACGCCCAGGGGCUCCACAGGACGCCCGGGGCACCCGCAGGCUGGAGGCCCUGCCGCGGCGUCUUCUUCCAGGCCACGCCACGCCCCAGGCGGCCGCCGCCGGCUGAGCCACACCACCACCACCACUGCCACCAGGAGCGCCCAGCGUCGUCCAGGGGCAGGCCAGCAGCACAGCCACCCACGCCCGGCGGCGCUACUUCAGGGCUCUCCUGUGCCGGCACGCGGGCGCUGGAAAGGAAGGACAAGAACAUGGUCACCCCUAAGCUUCUCAUGAGUGCCAUUUACGAGCAGGAAAGGGUGCAGAAAAAGACCUUCAUGAACUGGAUCAACGCUCACUUAGCUCGGCACGUUCCACCGCUGAAGCUGGGUGAGCUGAUCGAGGACCUGAAGGAUGGCACCGCGCUGCUCGCCCUGCUGGAGGUGUUGUCGGGGGAGAAGCUGCCCAUCGAGAAGGGUCGUGUCCUCCGCCGGCCACACUUCCUCAGCAACGCCAACACGGCACUACAGUUCCUACAGAGCAAGAGGAUCAAGCUGGUGAACAUCAACCCCACGGACCUGGUGGACGGGCGGCCCUCCGUAGUGCUGGGCCUCAUAUGGACCAUCAUCCUCUACUUCCAGAUCGAGGAGAACACCCGCCAGCUGGAGCGCCUGAGCCAGCUGAUGGAGCAGGAGGCGGGCACGAGGAGCGACUCGCCCUUCUCGGUGUCCUCGUGGACGGAGGGCUGCACCAUUUCCCGCGACCGGCCCUCCGUCACCCGCCGCUCCGCCGCCGCCGAGAAGUGGAAGAUGGGCGCGAAGAAGACGCUGCUUGAGUGGGUGCGCCAGACCAUCACGAAGAAGUUCGGCAUCGUUGUGAAUGACUUUGGAUCGAGUUGGAGAGACGGCACUGCAUUCCUUGCCCUUAUCCAGUGCAUCAACCCGCGACUAGUGAAUCUCCAAACGAUGAACCAAAUGACGAACAAGGCACGACUUGAAGCUGCCUUCCGAAUCGCUGAGCGAGGCCUGGGCAUCUCCUCCCUGUUGGAUGCAGAGGAUGUGGAUGUUGACAAGCCUGAUGAGAAGUCAAUCAUGACCUAUGUGGCAUCAUUCCUUCACAAAUUUCCAGAACCUGGAAUCACCUCAGUUCCGACUUGUAUGAGCCCAACAAUGGAGGCAGCAAGUGCAGGGGACAUGUUUAGUGAGAUAGAGAUGGAGUACACAGAACUAACCACCUGGCUGGCCCACACCUCCAAGUGGCUGGACACCCUCCAUGACCCAGCAAAGCAUGGCAACAUCAGCUAUGAGAGAUUUAAGGCUUUGAAAACUGAAGCAGAUGAAAAGAGAUUGAUUUACGAAAAGCUUCAUGACCUGGUUGAUUCUCAGUCCUCCGUCAUAUCAAUAACAACCGACUCCUGGGCCGGCAUUGCAGCUUCCUGGGACAAGGUUGCAGAGCAACUGUCCCAUUGGACAUGGCUGUUAGAUGCAUCACUGCCAGGCGUUCUUGCUCCAAUUGGAGAGUGGCUGAGUCGUGCUGAAGCCAUGCUGGGCACAGAGCUGAAGCUGUAUGGCAAGAAUGAUGAGAUUGCCACUCUGCUAAGUAAACAGAUAGAAGAGCACAAAACAUUCUUUUCCAAACUGCCGUCCAUUGUAUCAAGCUUUGAGGCUGUGAAGACUUCCAAGGAUGCCGCAUCCAUCCCCAAGCAGCAGCUGGAGGGCAUUGAGCAGCGGCUCAGCACCAUUGCCCCCCGCGCUGCACGGAGGAAGAUUAAACUCAAGUACCUGGAACAUAGAUAUUGUCUGGUAGCAUUCCUAAUCCUUGUAGAGGCAAAACUCAAGACUUGGGCUGUGAAAUAUGGCAAGGAACAAGAAGUACAACUAAUCCUCACUGAGUACCGGUCCUUUGUUGGGACCAUAACAUAUUCAAGAGUUUGA